AUGAAAUCGGCAGUAUCGAAUCACAGACUAAACUUUUCCUGUUUUGAAAAUUUAAGUUAUUUACAUUCUUUUUAUUUUAUAGGAAAUUAUUGGAUGUGUGAUUGUCGCCUUUUGUGGAUCAGAGAUUGGAUGAUGGAGAACACAACAUUAAAUGCAUCAAAUUUUGAUUUUUCUUGUUCUUUGCCAAUCAGGUUCAAAUCAAAACAGCUGAGCGAAUUGACUAAAGAAGAUUUAUCAUGGCCAAAAGAAGACUGCCCAUCGUAUUGUGACUGUUCGUGCGUUGCCUACCGAGACGAGGGAUACGCAAAUGUGAAUUGCGCAUCAAAAAGAUUGACUCAGAUACCAAAUAGAUUUCCGGAAUUAACAAUUGAACUAAACCUUCAAGGAAACAUGCUGUUUAAUCCAAUCGAGAUCAACCUUCCUUCGACGUCCAAACUACGUAUUUUGAAUUUGGAGCGCAACUUUAUUUCACGAUUGGAUUUCAAUCUUCUAAACAACAUCGAGGUUCUUUUACUGGCAGAAAACAAUAUUACAAGAUUCUUCAACAUUCCGCCGUCUAAUGUCAAGACCUUCACUUUAUCUCGAAACCCGUGGCGGUGUGAUUGUAAUACUCUACCGUUUAGAAAGUGGAUCAUAGCACACAAUUCUACGAUUUUAGAUGUAAACGAGAUCCGAUGCAGUUCUGAAGAAGGCAGAAAAAGUCUGAGAGGAAGAGUAAUAAUUACUCUGAGUGAAAUUGAGCUUUGUUCUAAAUCACAGAACUAUAUCUUAAUGGGAGCGGUGGGAUCUGUGAUUCUAAUAAUGACAGUGAUCUUCAUUUUGCUGUGUUUCCGAUAUCGAUAUCAUAUAAGAGUGUGGCUCUAUUCAAGAGGAUUGAGAUGUUUGAAAAAAAGAGGGGAAAGAGAUGUUGGAAAACUAUUCGAUGCUUAUAUUUCAUUCUCAGAUGUAGACGCCUCAGAUGUUCGAAAACACUUUCUACCGGGCAAGUUUAAAGAUGUCUAUAUAUUUUAA